UUGACCAGCGGCGACGACAACACACACAGCGAAGACACGAAUGCCGACCCCGGCGCCUUGGGGACUGCUACUGUCCGGGCUCCGGGAGUGUGCGGUGUGCUAGCCCAGGGAGUACUGGGCGACAUGCCCUUCUCGGUAACCUGCCCGGUUGAUUUCUACUCGCGGGUGCGGGUGGAGGUAAGCGGGGAUGGACCGGGAGUCGAGGCCACGGAAGACUGCGAGAAGACGGUGGCCGCUGUUCGCCGGACGCUGGCGCACCUUCGCCGGGCCAAGCUGCGGGCCGCGGUCCGCGUCAGCAACCCGAUACCGCGUGGCAGAGGACUGGGCAGCAGUUCCGCCGACCUGUCAGCUGCCAUCGCCGCCACGGCCCUCGCGCUGGGAGAGGAACUCAGUCCAUACGACAUAGCGCAGAUCGCCCUGUCCAUCGAACCCACCGGCGGGGUGAUGAUGCCGGGCCUGGCUCUGUUUGACCAUCGCGCCGGAAUGGUGCGGGAGAGCCUGGGCGCUCCGCCUCCCAUGGAGAUUGUGGCCCUGGAUUUUGGCGGUUCUCCCGGGUCGAGCAUGGACGACAGGACGCGGAGAUGGAGCGCCGUCAACAAACUCACCGACGAGGCCCUUGGACUGAUUCGCCGGGGUAUAGCGGAGAGAAGCCCCGCCCUGGUCGGGCAGGGCGCCACGGUGGCCGCGGAGGCCGGCCGGCAGAUAGAGUCGCGUCCACGACUGGAGGAACUGGUGUCGUUCGCGAGAGAGGUCGGCGCCGUGGGGGUCAACGGCGGCCACCGGGACGGGGUUUCGGGGGUGUUGCUGGACGCAACCCAGAGACGUGGAAAGUCGACUUACAUCAAGGCCAGAGAGGCCUUUCCCGAGGCUCAAACGGUCUAUCACUUUCGCGUCCUGAGCGGCGGUGUGCAGACGGUCGCUUGA